AUGGAGGUAGCGUUCUUAGAUUUCCAGAAAGCCUUUGACAAAGUUACUCACGAAAGGAUCUUAAGUAAACUCCUAGAAACGGAAGAGAAGCUCCAGGGGACGGUGCACGAUGCCAGCCGACAAUCACAGCGUUUUUCCCCCCGCUACAUUCAUCCUGACCGGCAUCCCUGGUACCAAAGAGUCUCAGCCCAUGUACCUUUUCCUCUCCAUGCUGGCCCCCCCGCUACAUUCAUCCUGACCGGCAUCCCUGGUACCAAAGAGUCUCAGGUCUCGCUCGCCAGCCCCUUCUGUCUGAUGUACAUUGCGGCGCUUCUGGGGAACUCUCUGCUCCUCUACAUCAUAGCGACAGAGCGAAGCCUCCAUGAGCCCAUGUACCUUUUCCUCUCCAUGCUGGCCGCUGCUGAUCUGCUGGUGUCGACCACCACAGUGCCCAAGAUGCUGGCCGUGUUCUGGUUCAGAGCAGGGGAAAUUUCUUUUGCUGCCUGCCUCACCCAGAUGUUCUUCGUCCAUGUCAGUUUUACCUCUGAGUCGAGCAUCCUGCUGGCCAUGGCGUUUGAUCGGUACGUUGCCAUCUGCAACCCCCUGAGAUACACCACCCUGCUCACCAAGCCAGUGAUUGGGAAGAUCGGGCUGGCGGUUCUCACAAGGAGUUUCUGUCUCGUUUUCCCUUUCAUAUUUCUCGUGAUGCGGCUGAGGUUUUGCAGAACCAACUUCCUGCCACAAACCUAUUGUCAAUACAUAACCGUGGCCCGGCUGGCCUGUGACGACAUCACGGUCAACCUCUGGUACGGCGUCGCUGUGGGUGUUUUAGCGUUUGGCUUGGAUGCUGUGCUCAUUGCUGUGUCUUACCUGCUGAUCCUCAGGGCCGUCUUCCUGCUCCCCUCUAAGGGUGCCCGGCUCAAGGCCCUGCGCACCUGCAGUUCCCAUGUCUGUGUCAUCCUGAUGUUCUACCCACCUUCCUUUUUCUCCCCUUCCGCACACCAAUAUGGGGAUGUCAUGCCUGGUUAUAUUCUCAACCUCCUGGCCAACAGCCACGUGCUCAUUCCCCCCAUGCUAAACCCCAUUAUUUAUGGGGUGACAACAAAAGAGAUCCUGAAAAGUUUGAUCAACCUGUUCGAUCGAAGCUGUAGGAGAAACUUCUUGCUGAGCUAA